CUGCGUGCCGGGUGCGCGCGCUCAGGGGCCGCGCCCUUGGCCGCGUGUCGGGGGCGCGCGGUGCCCGGAGCUGGCGGCGCGGUGCCGGCUGCAGGAUCAGGAAGGAGCCGCGGCUUUUGCCCGGGCCCAGGCCGCUCGGGCCGAGGAUGUUUCUGCUGUUCUCUAUACUCCCUCGAGGUGAGCGAUACCUAAGAUGCAAAGGUUGCCUCUGUGCUGCUUCAGUUCUCUGCUGCCGAGGGGUGAGAGUGUUCUGCUGUUAGACAGACUGACUUGUCUCAGCCUGGGCUGCAUUCUCCAUUUCCUCCGCCUGGCCUGCCGCCCAGCUGCUGCUUGCGUGCCAAAGGGCCCGGCUGCCAUGUACACAGCUUGUUACCACACCUGCAAGCCGCACAUCUGGGCAGCUUAUCCAGAGCAUUUCCCACAUCUGUACCAGGGGAGACGGAAUGGACACAAACCUCAUUACCACCAUCAUCAUCAUCAUCCCACCAAGAAGAAAACCUGGAACUUCAUCCAUGAGAAGAUGAGCUAUGACACUUUCUUCACCAUGAAGCGGCUGAUUGACCGCUCACGGACUGUGGGAGAGGUAUUGCGCUGGGUGACACAGAACCCUGGUAAGAUCUCCUACAAUCAUUACCCAAUUGCCCUGCAAAAAAUUGGUCAGGUCCUGCAGCAGCUGCCAGCAGGAUCCACCAUGAUGACACAUUACAGCCAGAUGUUGGAGCUGGAAGAUUUCCAAAAGCUCUGCCAGUCCAUCAUGAGUGAUUGCUCCAAAUUUGACAACUUCAGCAUCGUGAAUUGUCUGUACGCCGUCGCUGCUUUGGGUCUUCCUGGUGAUUCCAAGAUUGUUCAGGUCCUGGAGGAGGAAUCCCGAAUCCGCCUCUCACAGUUCAAUCAGAAGGAUAUCUCCAUGGUUUUCAGCAGCGUCAUGAAGCUACAUCCAUCCAUUGAGCACCCAUUAAUUGAAAGCUGUCUCACAGGCUUGGAGAAGAACAUUGAGAAGGAACGUCACCCCCAGACCCUGUUCCUCUUGCUCUCCUACUACAAACUGAAGGCUCAGGCACUGCAGUCUGAUGGUUACACCAGCGAUCAGCUUCUCAACAACCGUAAGAUACUGCGAUUGGUCAAGCACACACUGGGACAUGUCACCAAUGUGAGAGACCAUGAGAUGACCCUCCUGGACGAGAUGCUGGCUACAUGUGCCCGGGAGACCAGCAACAAAUCACUGGAGCUGAUCUUCAGCUCUCAACUCUUCUAUGAGAACAGGCAGGAAAAGUUCAUCAAUAGCUUGGCAGAGGAACUCCCAAAGAAAGUGGAUAGCAUCACCCCCUACACCAUGGCACUCAUUGCAAAAUACAUUGCGCGUCAUCGACUGCGUGAGACCAGGCUUCUGGACACGAUUGCAGAGUUCCUCAUCAAAAAGGGUGAAAACCUGGACAGUAAGGUAAUUCAGAAGCUUGUCUUCCCGUUUAGUCGUAUGAACUACAAACCUUCCAAUGAAGCCAAGUUUUUUGCAAAGCUGGAGUCGGUGCUGGAGGUCAAAGCCAUGAACUCACCCUUGGCCACAGUCAAUAUCUUCAUGUCCAUGUUCCAACUGGGACAUUUUCCAGGAGCCAUACUUGACAAAGUCUUCUCCACUGCUUUCAUCAACAACGUGAUGAACAGUCCAUAUGGGUUGAUUGUUCGCCGAUAUCUAUCCCUACUUGAUGCUGCAGUUGAGCUGGAGCACCAUGAUUACAAGGGGCCUCGACUGGAGGACAGAUACAAAGUGAUGAUGUUUGACCGCGUACUGACUGCAGAUGAGGUGAACAGGAAAUACAGUUACAAAGGGUUGGUGGCAGAAGCUUUGAGACAGCUGAUUGGAGAUCAAUGUUACAAACAGGAUGAGGUACUUCCCCCAGGGUAUUAUACAGAUUUCUUGCUGUGGAUAAAUGGUUCUGGCACUGUUCUGCAUAUUAAUGGGACGAUUCACAGUGCUGGCACUCCUUUGUGCCCCUCUGGUUCCAAUUCAAAACCCACAGAGAACCCAGCUUCCAUCCACGCUCAACCUGACAUCCCCUCACUCAUCUCCGAUUUCCAGAAAUUCUCUCCCUUUGGACGUGAUGAGGUGAUAGUGAAAGAGAAGAGAGAUGGUGAUCUUCCAACGGAAGUGGGUUUCCUCACACACAUCCAGCCUGCAGUGAGCAGUGGACGUUCAGGCACAGCCUCUGUCUUAACCAACUCAACCAUUGCGUAUAACGCUUAUUACCCUCCUUCGAACUACUACACUAGCCUGACCAAGGAGCAGUCACUGGAGAGUCAGGACAGCUCCACACUGAGCAGUCCAUCUGACUGUUUAAACCAGGCCCCUAACACCACUGGCUGCUCACCGGUCAUUGGCUCCAGUUCCCUCUUUCAGUUCCCCAUCGAAAAGAUCCUUGAUGAGGAAACAGAAUCACCACCCCAGAACCAAGAGCACAAUCUCUUUAGACCAGAACAGACAGCUCCAAAUUUUUACAACAGCCCCCAUUACACGGAGGGCCAGGGCAGCGUUGGGCAGGUGGACAUGGCGAACCCUGUGCCACCGUCUCUAAACCAACCGUCGCUGAUUGAGAAACAGAGACAUCUGGACACGGAGCAAGUGAACAGGAUUGUGAUGUCGGUGAAUGACAAAUGGCAUUACUGCCACAACUCGGAUGUGUUGGUGGGAUCUCGAGCAAUGCGGGAUCGACACCUGCGACUACUAGGAUAUACCAUUCUGCAGCUGCCUUACCAUGAGCUCGAAAAACUGAAUGGGAUCGAGGAAGUUAAGCAUUAUUUACGGAAAAGACUCCUGGAUGUGCAGUUAUGACGAUCAAAGAGUUGAUUUUUUUUUUUGUAUCCUGCUCCUGUUUCUAUUUAGGUGAAAUGGAACCACCUGCCCUUCAGCAGUCAGAAUGCCUGGAAAUUGCAGCAACAAAACAGUUGGAAUUCCAGCAAUGCUGUUUCUCUCUCUGUCAUCACUUCUUCUGUUUUUUUCAGAGUGGAGUGAGAAUCUUUCCUGUGGUUUUUCUGCUUUAGUGUGUUCAGAUGCUAACUACUGCCACAUGUUUUAUACCACCCUUGGAGAUGACAAGCUUUUAAAUGAAAAGCCUUGGGGUGUGAAUAAUGCUUUUGUUCAGUUGAGAACUUGCAGGGAGGUUACAUUAUUUUGAUCAAUGUUCACUGACCCUCUUCUGCUGCGGUUAUCUUCUGUCCCUUCAUCUGCCUCUCAUCACCUCUGCAACCUUUUCCACUGGCAAGAGGAUGUUAUACAGUCCAAGCACUGGGAAGCAGAUUCUGAGUGGCUCUACGUGGAGGUACCUCCCAGCUUCAGCUCCUUUAGCAAUUCUGGUUCUCUGGCUAAAGAAUGGAGAAGGCAGAGACAGGAUGCUAACCAGCAAAGUUGGGAAAGAACUCAGAUUUCUGAUGCAAUGUUGUGAUACCAGCACACUGCCCAAAAGGGAUCUAUGUUGACCAGUUCUGAACUCCUUGAGCAGUUCUGUAGGAGAUUGUUUUAUAGCUGCUGCCUUUUGUCCUUCCUGGUGUUAUGGGCUUGGAUUGGAAGGUGCUGUUGAGGGGGCUUUGGUGAAUUUCUGCUGUGCAUCUUGUAAAUGGUACACACUGCAGUGACUGAGCAUCGUUGUGGAGGGAGUGAAUAUUGGAGCUGAUGAAUGAGGUGCAGGUCAAGUGGGCUGCUUUGUCCUAGGUUUUAUUGAAAUUAUUGAAUUUUUUUGGAUCUCCACCCACCGAUCCAGGCAGUCGGUUGAUGCAUUGAUGUAGAACAAAAGCUCUGGUGAUAUUGAUGAAAAUGAGUGAAGAUCUUCCAUAUCCUAGACUACUCUCAGUUAUAGGGCUACUGGCCACUCUGGAAAUUGAUGGAGAUGAUGGUAGCUAGGGGAGAGGACUCUGGUGAAGAUGACAGUUGCAAGGCAAGAGGGGUUUGGCCGGGUUUAUUGCUCAGGGAGAGGGUAACUGUGGACAAUGUCACUAGGGGAAACGAUACUAUUUGACUCAGUUGCUAGGGCAGGGGAUUUGGUGACGGUAGUUACAAUGGGAGGGGAAUUGGUAACAGUGGUUGCUAGUGGAGUGUAUGUUGGUGAUGGUAGUUGUUAUGGGAGAUGUUAUAGGUGGCAGUGAUUGCUAUGGGAGAAGGUGUUGGCAGUGAUUGCUGGGAGGGAUUGUUGGUGACACUGGUUUCUGGAGAUAGAGCUUUCGUUCCAGUGGUUACUAUGGGAGAAGGUGCUGGUCUGGUGGUUGCUAUGGGAGAGCAUAUUGGUAGUUGCUGUGGCAGAGUGUUGGUAUCAGUGGUUGUGAGGGGAGAGGGUAUUGGUGAUGUUGGUUGCUAUGGCAGAAUAUAGUGAUGCUGAUGGUUGCUAGGGGAGGUGAUGUUGAUGGCAGUGGUGAUUGGUAUCAGUGCUUGCGAAGGGAAGAGGGUAUUGGUGAUGGUCGUUGCUGUGGAAAGGGUGUCGCUAGAGUAAUAUUGGAUACCUAAAUAUCGUGUUGACUGGAGGCUGUCCUGUGGGAAGGUAGGAGAUAAAGACAGUUGUGAAAUGAUUCUGCAGUGAGUAGCCAGUCUGGAGCUGCCUUCCUCUUCCUGGUGGAUAUGUGACAUAGUGCCACAUCUAGACCCACUGACUGAUAAACAUGACUGGGUGAGUUUGCCUGAGUUGGAUUAUAGUAGUUAACUGAUGCUCAUAUGUUAAUUGUGUGGGUUGUAGGUAGUCACUGGAACGCCGAAUGUGAGUGAAUUUUAAUUUCAGCUGGUUUGGGCAGAGGGUGCGUUUGGUGAUGUCCCGGGUUGGGGCAGGGGUUGGCAGGGAUGGGCGGGGAGUCUGAGCUAAAUGCAGUGUUUAAAAUUGGGUAAAUUUUUGGGUGGUGGGUUUUGAGGUUUUAACGGGAUCUUCUGUUUGAAGAUAUGGAAUGGAUUUAAAAAGAAAAUUGAAUGUGAAUAGAAUGAAAAAGUGGUGAAAAUACAAAACAAGUCCACCAGUUUCGAGUAUUGAAGUCACAUUUUUCAACGUAAGCUGUGUUUGGAGCAUUGCAAAGAAGGGGUAAGAUUUCAAAUGUGUUUACCUUAGAACAGAUCCACUGGUGUGCUGGCCUUUCUUUCUAGUUUUAAGUUGUUUGUAUCACUGCAACUAAGGAAUGAUCCAGUGUAACCCACUGAGAUUAAAAAAUACUCUGGAAUAAACACAAAGAAGAUGUCAAAUUUCUUCUCUCUCAAACCAUCUCAGACACUGAACAUUCCUUGAGUAGCAAAAGUACUGACAAUUAUGACAUUGUCCAAGUCUUGCACUAUCCUGGUAAAGAUACACUCUCUACAGAAUAAAGAGAAUCACAAAAUGUCAA